UACAGCGUGAAGGAACACGCCGUUAAGACCAGCUAGCCAGAUUAAUAGAAUAAUUUGGUUUAAAUUGUUAGAGAGCUACAUGCAAUAUUAAUGGAUUGGAAAGAAGACGACGGGUGUCACUCUCAUGGACAUGGAGGCCACUCCCAUAGCCAUGGGCCUGGUGGCAUGAUGCAUGGUUUCAUGCCUGGUUUCCACACCCAGUUCAACCAGAGGAGCGAGGCCAUGAUGGAUCCCACACAGCAGCCCAAGAAAUACUCACACCUGGAUGACAGUAGCAGCUGGGACAUCGUCAAGGCAACACAGUUUGGAGCCCUUGAGCGGUGUAAAGAGCUAGUGGAAGCUGGUUAUGAUGUCAGACAACCCGACAAGGAAAAUGUUACUCUGCUGCACUGGGCUGCUAUCAAUAACCGGGUAGAUCUGGUCAAAUAUUAUAUAGCUAAAGGUGCAGUUGUAGACCAGCUGGGCGGCGACCUCAAUUCCACCCCCCUCCACUGGGCCAUAAGACAGGGCCACCUGCAAAUGGUCAUCCAGCUGAUGAGGUAUGGGGCCGACCCUUCACUGGCCGACGGUGAGGGUUACAGAAGCCUGCAUCUCGCUGUGCUUUUCCAACACAUGCCGAUAGCAGCCUACCUGAUGGCCAAGGGCCAGGAAGUGGAUGUACCAGACAUAAAUGGACAAACGUCUUUGAUGCUGGCUGCACAAAAAAUCAUUGGCCCUGAGCCCACAAAUUUCCUGCUGAAGUGUAAUGCGUCUGUAAAUGCGGUGGACAAGGUGAACCAGAACUCUCCGCUGCACUAUGCCGUGCUGGCGGGCAACGUGGAUGCCGUGCACCUCCUUCUGGAGGCUGGAGCCAGCGUGGACCUGCAGAACACCAAUGGUCAUACACCGAUUGACCUGGCCCACCAGGUGCACAGCCCCUUAUUGAGUCACAUGCUCAUUGUGGUGAAGAAGGAACGCAUGGAAGCAAACUCACCCUGCCGGAGAGUUCUCACCAGAUACCGGGUUUACCUGCAGUGGUUAUUCAAUGUGUGUGUGUUGUGGGCUGUGGGAGCUAUAUUUGAUAUGAAAACAGAGUCUUGGCUACUGAAAGGAUUGCUUCUGGCAUGUGUAAUCGCUGUGAUCAACCUCACCUGCAGGCAGGUGGCAAAUGCUGCUGUUAAAUCCCUGAUUCCUUCCACAAGCCUCAUAGCCACUAUCUUCUUAAUGCUGGUCACCUGGUGCCUCUGGUUUUUGCCUGAUGGUCCCAGCGCUGUGGUGCAGGUGCUCUUCACACUUAAUGUCACAGCUCUCCUGUACUACUACCUCCGCACCUGCAGGACUGACCCUGGGGUCAUCAAAGUCACAGAGGAGGAGAAGAAGAAGAAUAUUGUGGUGCUGGCUGAAGCUGGUUGUUUGGACCCUAGAAUUUUCUGCACAUCAUGUAUGAUGCGAAAACCAAUGAGAGCCCACCACUGCUUCUCCUGUAAUGCUUGCAUCACUAAACAGGACCACCACUCAGUCUGGAUAAAUGGCUGUAUAGGUGCCAGGAAUCAUCAGUUCUUUAUCUUGUUCCUGGUGUUGUUGACCCUGCUGGGUUGCUGGAUGUUUUAUGGCAGCCUUAUGUACUGGUCGAAGCAUUGCAUUGGGCAUUAUGCAGACGACGGUAUGUGGGGAGCAGUGACGGGGUUUGUGGGCUGCUCACCCUGGGUACUCUACAUCUUUUGCAUGGCCUUUUUCCACACCACCUGGGUCUCCAUCCUGCUUGCACAACAGAUGUAUCAGAUUGCUUUUCUUGGUCUCACAACUGCUGAGAGGACCAGUUUGAUGCAUGGGCAGAAGAAGCUACCUAACUCUUUCUCUCUCAGGCAGAACCCAUUCAAUCAUGGUGUGUUGAAGAACCUAGUGAACUUCUUCCAGCUGCGUUGCUGUGGUCUGUGUAAGCCUCUGGUGCUGGACUGGUCGGUUGAGUUCCCGCUGGGGCUGAACAGGGAGCACCCCAUGUUCAGCAGUCUGGACACUGUGUGAACCCCAAAGGGAGCAGCUCCCCAACACUCCACAUUCUCUGGACUUUUAAUACAUUGCAAACAGGGGAGGUGCAAUCAAAACUGGACGUUGCUUUGAGUGAUGGCAUGUUGUUGCAACUGUCUGCCUUAUUUUGUAAUAUAUUUCACAGGAAAAAAAAAAUUUGUACUUUAAAUUUAAUGAAGGCUCUUUUAAAGUCUGAAUAUAGUUGUAAAGAUACAUACAUACAUACAUACAUACAUACAUACAUACAUACAUAUAUAAAGUGUGUGUGUGUGUGUGUGUACGUACACUGGUAUAUUUUGAUCUGAACUAUUUUGUAAGCAGAGGAACAGUUAGGCAGAAAAUGUACAUAACUUGACAAAAUACUUUUAUAUUGAGCCUUUUUAAUGGAGAGAAAUCACUAUCAGAAAAUGUUUCUGCUUAAUUCAAAAUAAUGGUAAUCCAAUUUCUUAAUAAAUCCCCCCCCCCCCCCCCCUCACCAUGCAUCAGAGGGACCAAAGUGCUUGUAUUUCAUAUCUGGACUCUGCUCAUAAUUGCAGCAUUUGCCCACUAUUAGUUCUUUGUUUCUAGCUGUUGACCACUACUCUGAAUGUUCCAGCUGUGACUGUUCUGAUCUUUUUUUAGAAUUGUCUGCAGUUUCAGUCACUGAAUUGUCCUCAGAUGUGAGGGCUCAGUGCUGCCUUGUAUAGGACUGAACAUUGUGUCUGAAUACAGUGACACUGUCAGCCUCUCUUUUUUUUUUUUUUUUUUUUUUUGUCUCAUUUGAUGCUGUUUUUUAAUUUUACAACUGGGAAAGCACGUUGUGCUAUAAGUAAAAUACAUUCUUGGAAUAGAACCAGCUCUGUUUUGUAAGUUGCUUAUGAAGGUGUUUCAUCCAGAUAGAUGUUUUGAUGACUCACUGCAUUUGUGAUCCAACAAGUAUAAAUAGUUCUGUUCAAAAAUAAAACAGCAGGUCUUUUUUUUA